AUGGCGUCCACUGAGAUAGCAAGGCAAGCUGGCGAAGGAGUCCGCGCUGUACCUCUGGCUGGCCAUGUUGGCUUCGACAGCAUGCCUGACCAGCUGGUCAACAAGUCUGUCAACCGUGGUUUCUGCUUCAACAUCCUCUGUGUUGGUGAGACGGGUCUCGGUAAGUCCACUCUGAUGGACACUCUGUUCAACACCAAGUUUGAGGGCGAGCCCACCCAGCACAACCAGCCGGGCGUCACGCUGAAGUCCAACACCUACGAGCUGCAGGAGAGCAACGUGCGCCUCAAGCUGACCGUCGUCAACACGGUGGGCUUCGGAGACCAGAUCAACAAGGAGGACAGCUACAAAUCCAUUGUGGAGUUCAUCGAUGCCCAGUUCGAAGCGUACCUCCAGGAGGAGCUGAAGAUCAAGCGCACGCUGCACAGCUACCAUGACACCCGCAUCCACGCUUGCUUGUACUUUAUCGCUCCGACGGGACACUCGCUGAAAUCCCUGGACCUGGUGACGAUGAAGAAACUCGACAGCAAGGUCAACAUCAUCCCCAUCGUUGCCAAAUCGGACGCCAUCGCCAAGAGCGAACUGGCCAAGUUCAAGAUUAAAAUCACCAGCGAACUGGUCAGCAACGGCGUCCAGAUCUACCAGUUCCCCACUGACGACGAGUCCGUGGCAGAAAUCAACUCCACCAUGAACAGCCAUCUGCCGUUUGCCGUGGUGGGGAGCACGGAGGAGGUGAAGAUUGGGAACAAGAUGGUGAAGGCCCGGCAGUAUCCCUGGGGGACGGUGCAGGUGGAAAACGAAAACCACUGUGAUUUUGUGAAACUGAGAGAAAUGCUGAUCAGAGUGAACAUGGAGGAUCUGCGAGAACAGACCCACACGCGCCACUACGAGCUGUACCGCCGCUGCAAGCUGGAGGAAAUGGGCUUCAAGGACACGGAUCCCGACAGCAAGCCCUUCAGUCUGCAGGAGACGUACGAGGCGAAGCGAAACGAGUUCAUGGGCGAGCUGCAGAAAAAGGAAGAAGAGAUGAGGCAGAUGUUUGUCCAGAGAGUUAAAGAGAAGGAGGCUGAGCUCAAGGAGGCAGAGAAGGAGCUGCACGAGAAGUUUGACCGCUUGAAGAAGCUCCAUCAGGACGAGAAAAAGAAGCUGGAGGAUAAGAAGAAGUCCCUGGACGAUGAAGUCAACACGUUCAAACAGAAAAAGACUGCGGCAGAGCUCUUGCAGAACCAAGCUCAGCAGGCAGGGGGCUCCACCACGCUCAAAAGGGACAAAGAGAGGAAAAAUUAACUCCUCCCACACUCGCUGCAUGCUGCAUGAGGCACCUUUUUCUGCUUCUUUUAAUCUGUCUUGGCCACCUGAAGAGGGGAUUGCAGCUUCAGCAAGAACUAAGCACUAUUUACCUCUUCCUGCUUUUCAUUUCUCGUUGUGUCAGCCUUUCUAUUCUCUGCAUCGCAUCUUCCUUUUGUUUGAUACGGCCUUAUGUGGACUCGCAUGGUAUUUCUGACCACCUAGUGACGCUCUAAAAUCAGGGACAGAUUAAAAUCUGCUGUUAUGUCUUAAUGUACAUAGAGAAACUCUUAUGGUUAGCAGAAGAUUUCAGGAGGGGGUUCACACAUUUUCAGGACUCACGGGUAAAAUCAUGAUCUUUUUAUUUAAAUUCAACAUGACCUGCACUAUGCACUCAUUCAAAAUGUAAAACGCAUUAAAUCAAAGGACGAAAUCAUGAAUAAAUGAGUAGAAAUUGUUUUCUUUUUUUUUUUCAAAGACAACAAAAAAAUCCACUUGAAAAUAAACAGGUCAUAAAAACGCCAAAGCAUUUACUGCGGUUCCCAUGUUCAGGUAUCUUCGUUAAAUACCAUGGAGGUCACAUGCGAGGGGCUUUUACUACACGUCGUGCUUUAACAUUAACUGGCCUACUCUAUAUUUUGCAUGCGUCUUUUAUUUAAGUUUCAUAACUGCUGUGAUUUUUCUGGUUUUUACUCCCUGAAUAUCUGAGCUCUGCAGUCUGUUCCCUUCAUUGAUGUUUUUCUUAAAAAGAAAAUGACGGUGCGUUUAAUCAUUGUAUAUUUGCUCUGUCCCAUGAUUUCAGCUCCCACUUUGCCAAAUGAGUUGAACAGAUACCCAGAUGAAGAGUGUUAAAAAUACUCGCGCAUUUAUAUAAUUUAUAAGGAUAUAUUUUGUGUAUUGAAGUGGAGAUUUGUUGUUUAUUACCUAUAAUGUUUGGAUGUGGUUCUUUGGAGUUUAAAAGUGACAUUUUGGUCUCAGCAGUUGCCAUACAUGUUUUUUUUUCUUUUUCUAGUAUCUGCCUUCACCUUUUGUUGUAAAAACCUCUAUUACACUACAAAUGAUUCAGUAUUCUGCUUUAGUUUGAUUCCAUUGAUGUACAUUUUGAAUAAAAAAAAGAUGAAUCCAA